GUCCAAUCAGAGAGCAGCAACACCGCUACACUUCCGCUUCACCCGUGACGAGCCCACUCCUUUUCCUGAUCCAAGUGGACGUGGCCUGUGGACUUGAUAUCAAUCACCCAUGCAGCACUGCCUCACACUGACCAUAGCCCGUCACAGCAGGCUUCUUCUCAGAAACAAAUUUGCAUCUGUCCACUAUAAGCAGUCAGCAGCUAUGUCAGGACUUCUGAUAAAUGACAAGAAAUACUCCUGGCUGAAGGAGCUAGGCCUAUCAGAAGACAACCCUGGAGUGUACAAUGGAAGUUGGGGUGGCAGUGGGGAAGUCGUAACAUCAUAUUGUCCUGCCAACAAUGAACCAAUCGCAAGAGUCACCCAGGCUACAAUGGCAGAGUAUGAAGAGACUGUUCAGAAGACCAGAGAGGCCUGGAAGAUCUGGGCAGAUAUUCCAGCACCGAAAAGAGGGGAAAUUGUAAGGCAGAUUGGUGAUGCUUUAAGAAAAAAAAUUAAUGUUCUCGGCAGUCUUGUAUCGCUGGAAAUGGGCAAGAUCUAUGUUGAAGGUGUGGGUGAGGUUCAAGAAUAUGUAGAUGUCUGUGAUUAUGCAGUAGGUCUGUCUAGAAUGAUUGGUGGCCCCAUUCUGCCUUCAGAAAGACCAGGACAUGCCUUAAUUGAACAGUGGAACCCAGUAGGUCUUGUUGGCAUCAUCACUGCCUUCAACUUUCCUGUCGCUGUCUAUGGAUGGAACAAUGCCAUUGCGCUGACCUGUGGCAACGUCUGCCUUUGGAAAGGAGCCCCCACCACACCCCUCACAAGUGUUGCAGUUACCAAGAUUGUUGCUGAAGUUUUGGAGAAAAACAAUCUUCCAGGUGCCAUCUGCUCCAUGACCUGUGGAGGCGCUGAUAUUGGCACAGCUAUGGCCAAGGAUGAGCGUGUGGAUCUGUUGUCCUUCACUGGCAGCACUCAUGUGGGCAAACUCGUGGCCAUGAUGGUGCAAGAGCGAUUCGGCCGCAAACUUCUCGAGCUGGGUGGGAACAACGCCAUUAUUGUGUUUGAGGAUGCAGAUCUGAAUCUUGUUGUCCCCUCUGCUGUGUUCGCCUCUGUAGGCACAGCAGGCCAGCGCUGCACCACAACCAGAAGGUUAAUGCUUCAUGAAAGUCUCCAUGACACUGUAGUGGAAAGAAUUGUCAAA